AUGGCGGCUGAAGCGAUAGCGCGCCGCCCGCUCAAACCUCCUCCUCCUCCUCCGAUCCAAUCGCCUCCUCCUUCGGCCCUUCCCUUCCAUCGCACCGAACCACACGUCCCGCACGUCGACGACGCCAGCCUCUUCCUCCUCAUCCUCCUGUCCGCACCGCUGCCGACGACGAUGUCGUCGCCACAUGCGAUCCAGAGCCCCAAGGCCGCCGUCGACUCGCUCGUCGCCAUCCUGGGCCGCGCGCUCCCGGACUCCCUCGCCGCGGCCGGCGACCCCGCGGCCGCGCUCCUCCACGACGACGGCGUCGCCCGCGCCGUCACGGGACGCCUCCGCGGCGCCGGCUCGGGCGCCGGCCAGGACGCCCUCUGCGGCUGGCUCUACGGCGCCUUCCAGCCCGGCCUCCCGGCGCUGCAGCUCGCAGUGCUGCGCUUCGUGCCGACGCUCGCGGGCGUGUACAUGUCCCGCGCCGUCUCCCGGAAGCCGCUCGCCGGGUUCGAGGCCGUGCUGCUCACGCUGUACGCGCACGCCGUGGCGCAGCGGGGGUCCGGGGAGGCCGAGACAGUGACGCUGCCCAACAUGAACAAGCCCAGCGUGUACCACGAGGCGAUCAAGCCUACGUCCGCGCCGCCGGCGGCCAAGCCGGGCAAGGCCGACGACUCCGACGUCGCCGAGCUCUCCCCCGCGCUGGAGCCGCACGGCACAAUGCGCGCCACGCGCCGCGGCCGCAUCGUCGGCGCGGUGCUGGAGCUCUACCACUCCAAGAUCGGGCUCAUGCCGCUCUCCUCCAAGAUGGACUUCUGCGAGUUCUGCGUCGCGUGGACGGGGAAGCACCGCAGCGACGACAAGGCCCGGAUCGCGUCCGCCGAGAGCGGCGAGGAGAAGUGGCGGAGGGUGCCUAUGCCGUGGGAGCUGUUCCAGCCGGCGCUCCGGAUCGUGGGGCAUUGCCUGCUGGGCCCGACCAACUCCGACCAGUUGAGGACGCAGGCCGCCCGGGCGUCGCAGUGCCUCUACCUGAGGGCCAUGGAGAUCAUGGACGCGCGCGCCGUGCUGGCCUGCAGGAGCCUCGUCAGGCUGUCGCAGAUGGUGGAGGAGCCGAUCCCGGAGCCGUCCUUCGCCGGCGUCGAGGCCAACAUGGCAGAGCUGGAGACCAUGAGGACCAACAUCCUUAGCGGCAAGAAGUAACCCAUCGAUCGAUCAACACUUGACGAGCAGCAAGCAAGUCGAUUCAUUACUGAUCAGGGCGUGUAAUUCAGGCAUUGCAGGCAAGGCUGUUGAUGUUGUAUAGCGUUUUUGUAAUCUUUUUCGUUUUGCUAAUCAGACAUUCUCAUUUUACUAUGAUGAGAAGAAUCGAAUGGUGAAACAAAUUGCUGAGCACUAGCAGAGAAGUCACUGGCACCUGUGGAUUUUGGUAUAUCUGGGAGAGGGACAGAGAGAAUGCCAAGAACAACAUUCGUUCGUGCAAGCUGCAUUUUACUGCUGUUCUGUUUCCCCUGGACGAAGAGGAAACGGGCACAGGAAGCAAGAUGAUCUCUUCGACAACACGCAUUCAUUUCAGACAAGAGUAGAGACAGAGUAAUCAGAUUCAGGAAACCACACCACCUCUGGGAAUUCAUUCAUUCGGAUGAUCAAACCAAACUGAAUCAUCAAUCAAAAAGCAACAAGCAAGCAAGCUCAGUAACUAGGAAUUCAGACAUUGCAGUUGCAG